AUGAUGGGGUUCUCGAAAAGGCAACUAUGUUGCGAAAAUAACACAGAACUUGGUAACUCAUCCAAAAGACGCUCAGUUGCCUCCAGGUCCGAGGGCUAUGAUGGACCAGUUAUGGACUUCGACCAGCCAUACUGUACAGACUAUGUAGAAGAGGUAUCAAUGAUCGAAGAGGACAAUGAUUCGCAUCAAAGGAUCUGUUACGGAACGAUAUGCUCUGUUUCGGUCUCACUGUGCUCCGAUACAAAACUUCCUGAGACGACGCGGCCGUGGGAGAGGUACUGCUUGUUCGGCGUACAGGUUGGCGCUGGGUCCUGCUGUUUAGAACCCGGUCUUGAUGCAGAACCGAAACAGCGAUCGCUUUUUGACGCUGAUACAGUCUUGACUUUAUCUUUCCUCACUUCAAAAGUCCAACAGGUAUCUUUCGCAGCCGUGAUUGGUGUCAACGCCCUGGAUAGAAAACGCAGAAAUUCAGCCAAAAUGAUAGUCAAAGCUACAGUCAAUGUCUACGGUCCAAAAUACCUUAUGGAUGAAGUUGAUCAAGCGUUAUCUCACAUACCCUCGUCCUUGCAACAUCCGGUAUUUCUUGAGCCCGGUGUUCCCUAUAUCAAUCCCCAAUUCUUCUACCCCAGCGCCGAGAAGACCGACCUGAGAUAUUUAGUGGGCCCGGCUUAUGAGGAUACUACAUCUCACGUGUCUCGAACCGUCGAUAAAUUUUCUACAUUCUUGGAUCUGACUGACCCCAGCAUAGUCAUCAGCUUCAAGGAGUUGAGUUCAUACUUGAUCGGGAAGAUCCAGAAUCCGUCAGGCAGGCGGACAAAACGGCAUCUAUGUCCAUCAACCACUGACAAACUGAGUCUUGGCGGGAUACUAGCUGAUGUGAUGGGCCUAGGCAAAACGCUAACCAUGUUGAGUGCGAUUCUCUGCUCAAAGCACUUGAAACAUAGCUAUGACAUGAGUGGAAGCAACAAUCGGGAUAGCGAUUCACAACAAACAGACUUGACAUUAAUUGUUCUACCGUCGCGGCGUACGUCAGUUCAAUCUACUUUCAAGGAUCUCGCUAACAGGACAACAGAACUACUUGACGUCUGGAAGAAUGAGAUCGCCCAGAGAUUUCGCCCGCAGACUUUCAAGGUUCAUAUUUUCCAUGGACAGACUCGAGCUAAAAACCAAGAUCAAUUUCUUGACAGCGAUAUUGUUUUGACGACCUAUCACACACUGGAAAAGGACAGUAUUACCAAUAGCAUUUUGAAUUCCAUCAGAUGGUCAAGGAUUGUACUCGAUGAGGCCCAUCAUAUACGCAACUCUUCCACCAAAAUGCACAAAGCCGCAGUCGCCCUCCAAAGCGAGACGCGAUGGUGUUUGACAGGAACACCAAUUCAGAACAGCCUGGACGAUCUACGAUCACUUUUUCAAUUCCUUCGACUCGAACCAUUCUGCCGUAGCAAGGCAUUUGAGGAGUACAUCGUCAAGCCAUUCAGACAAGACACGAGCGACAGUUAUGAGGCCUUUGAUCCAUCUCAAAAUCUUAGAACUAUUUUAAAGGCGUGCUUUCUCAGAAGAACUCAGUUAAAUCUGAGAUUACCGACAAUUACCAUAUACAAGGUCCCAGUUACACCAACAGAUGUCGAGAAGGCAAUGUUCAAGAAGAUUCUUGAUGAUUGUCGCGAAGAGUUUGACACAAUUGCUGGUAACGGCAAGGGUUCAAAGAAGUCCAACAUCUUAUUCUCGGCGAUCAUGAAAUUCCGGAGAGUGUGCAACCAUGGAGAUAUUAAGAUCAAUACGACGGCUCCACAAAGGUCAACUCAUUUGACUGUACCCAAGAUGAAAAGACGUACUUCACCAUCGCCCACUGCAGAGCCGAGUUGCGAGUUUUGUAGCAACGCCAGUCUUGAGGAGGACUUGCUUGUUGCACUCGACAGCUGCCCUCUCUGUGGUCGGCUCCUAUCUGAAGGUUUUUUUAAAUUGCCGUCCGCAGCCGCAUCACCUCAGACUAUGCCUUCGUCUCGCGGGUCUCCAUUGGACAUAGAUAUGGUGCCUCCAGAACCCUUGAACGCGGAUCUACGCUUUCUUGGAUCCAGCAACGACUUCAAAAAACAGUCGUCGAAGAUGUCUAAGUGUUGUGUUCUCCAGUUGGAGAGAUACGCUGGACAUCCUCGCGAAGAUACUGAUGUCCGAAGGAAUUCCUUUCGUUCAGAUCGAUGGGCGGAACCCACUCAUGGGCCGAACAGAAUUACUUUCAAGAUUCCGUCAAGACCCAACUGUGAAAGUCCUUCUGAUAUCAAUCAAUACUGGCGCGGUUGGGACAGCCUCACUUUGACAGAAGCCAAUAUGGUCCAUAUCGUUGAACCGCAGUGGAACCCGACAAUCGAAGAUCAGGCCAUCGCACGGGUCGUGAGAAUGGGUCAGACACGGCCAGUGACUGUUUACAGAUAUAUCAUGAACGAAUCUGUAGAGCAGUCAGUGUUGAAGUUGCAGCAAAGGAAGACCCAGAUCAUCAAGCUGUCUAUGCAGGAUAAAACCGAUGAUGAAUCCGACUCAAACUUAGACGUAAGAACACUACUCUUUUCUCAGUUUCAUCUAAAAGCUUCCUACAUCGAGCCAACUCGUCAAUUCCAUGAGUGA